AGGGAGGGGGCCGAGGGGUGAGCCAGCGGGGGAGGCUGACAUCACCACGGCAGCAGGCCUUUAAACCCCCCACUCAGCCAGCGCCCCAUCCUGUCUGUCCAAGUUCAGACACGGAGAGCUCCUUCCCUCCUGCGAGCCCUGAGGAACCCCUCUCUCCCACAGCAUGGCCAACAAGGGUCCUUCCUACGGCAUGAGCCGCGAAGUACAAUCCAAAAUUGAGAAGAAGUAUGACGAGGACCUGGAGGAGCGGCUCGUGGAGUGGAUCAUAGUGCAGUGUGGCCCCGAUGUGGGGCGCCCGGACCGCGGGCGCCUGGGCUUCCAGGUCUGGCUGAAGAAUGGCAUGAUUCUGAGCAAGCUGGUGAACAGCCUGUACCCUGAUGGCUCCAAGCCAGUGAAGGUGCCCGAGAACCCUCCUUCCAUGGUCUUCAAGCAGAUGGAGCAGGUGGCUCAGUUCCUGAAGGCAGCUGAGGACUACGGGGUCACCAAGACUGACAUGUUCCAGACUGUUGACCUCUUUGAAGGUAAAGAUCUGGCAGCGGUGCAGAGGACCCUGAUGGCCCUGGGCAGCUUGGCGGUGACCAAGAAUGAUGGGUACUACCGUGGAGACCCCAACUGGUUUAUGAAGAAAGCCCAGGAGCAUAAGAGGGAGUUCACAGAGAGCCAACUGCAGGAGGGCAAGCAUGUCAUUGGCCUACAGAUGGGCAGCAACAGAGGGGCCUCCCAGGCUGGCAUGACAGGCUACGGACGACCUCGGCAGAUCAUCAGCUAGAGGGAGAGGGCCAGCCCCCGGCCCUGCCCUUCCCCAGCUCGUCGGCCGCAGCUCUCCUGCCUAGCCAGCCUCACCCACACCUGUGUAGUUCCUUCAGCCCCGGCCAAGCUUCGAGGCUCCGUCACUGAGCAAAGGUGACCGCACUUGGGCAGCUGUCCCCACCCCUCAGCCUCAGCCCAACUUCUGACCCCAAAGCACCACUCCCCUAACCCUCCUCCCAGCUCCCCUACCGUCUCCCACCGUCUUUCCCCAUCCUGGGCCGGGCAGGGGCGGGGCACGUGGGCCGGGGGUAGCUGGGCAGGGGGCAAGUCCACCAUCCUCCUUGGCAGCAGAUGCCCAUUGAAGAAAACCCAGCCCAACCUCCCCCCAUUUUUUUGCUGGAAUAUUUUGGGGGUUGAAAUUCAGAAAAGAAACAAAUAUAUACAUCAAUCUUUUCUCAGGCCUGGCUGGCAGAGUUUGAUUUGCCCUAGUCACUUCUGGUUGCAGGAGGUAUGAGCAGGCAAGAGGCAGGGAACAUUUACGGGUGUUCCUGGCCGCCAGCUGUGAAGGACCCCUCGAAUUCUAGGAUCCCAGGGGGGGUCAGCUUCCUUCAGAGGCCCAGGCAGAGGGAGGAGGAGAGUGGAUCUCAGGAACCGGGGACCGAAGGCCAAGGGGAGCGACUUGGCAACUUUCAUGAGCUCUGGGAGGCAAAUGAAAGGGGAUGGGGAGCAGCAGAGUUGCGUGGAAGGUUUUUAUUUUGGAAAAGCUGUGCAGAAAAACAUUCAACCAAAUGUUGCCGUGAAAAGAGAAACCCAAAUCUUAAGCGUUAAAAAAAAAUUUUUUUUAGAUCAACGAACUAGCUCAGAACAGGGGAGGAGGCCCAGGCCGGGAGGAGUCCCAGCCAGUCAGGCAGACGGCUGGCCUCCAGCGGGUAAGGCCAUUUCCCUGAGCGCUUUGCAGAGGAAGACAGGGUGGUCGCAGGGCUGGAGUGGCAGUGGCUGACCCCUGUCAUAGUCCUGCUGCAGACCCACCUAGUGAAGCUGCGCAGGCCCCGGGGAGCCGCGCCCAUCCGCGGCUUUGCCAGGAGCAUCGUACCGAUCCUUCAGGAUGGAGGGUGGGCGGCGAUGGUGAAGGAGUCAGGGGUGUGUUCACGGUUGGCU